UGGUGGCGAACAAAUCUUCUUUUGGAUAAACCUCAAUCUCUCUGUUCAUCACAAAGUCGCACCGCCUCUCUUCGGGCUCUCAGCCACCACCUUACAACCUUCCGCUCUCUCGCAGCCACCACCCACACAUCGCCGCCGCCUCCGCCGCCUCCGCCGCCUUCUUCUUCUUCAGCAUAUCGCUGACCUCUCAAGACCACCAUCGUAGUCGCUUCACAAACCUCAUCACACAAGUCCGCGCCCACACCCAUAUACGAAGAUGUCCAGGAAAGGAGCUCCACUCCAGAAGGACGUGCCCUGGAGGGCGUCCUCGGGCAGGCCCAUCCCCAAGAUCCACCACAACCCUGUCCUCCGCGUCUCGCACACGCCUUACUCCGAUUACGCUGUCUCCGUCAUGAAGCAUCCUGAUCCGAUCGGGAGUGGGUUGGGGAUUGGAGCGGUGGUGGAAGCUGCGGGACCGGAUUGUAUCGUGCCUGGUCAAAUUCCGCCUGUUAAAUUACUCGGUGUCAAGGUCUGGCCAAUUAACGUUGACCUGAAGUUUAUGGAACCUGUUGAAAGGGAACUGAAAUUGCUUGGGAAGUUCAUGGAUUCGGCUGUUAACCUCAUGAACAAGUCGUUCAUAGAUCGUUAAGUGCUUCAGACUCUUAUUUAGUUUAGAAACAAGCAUGUGAUUGCGAAUUAACGCUUUUCUUGUUGUGACAGAAUCGUAGAGAGUGGACUAUGAAGAGGAUUUUGCUUUUGCUCGUACUUGUGAACGGACCAUUUUGAUUGACACCUGAGCCGGUCACUUGAGUAGGUAUCUUGGUCGUGGAAAUAAUGUAUUACAUAGUGUUGGCUUUACAGUUGCACAUUUGUAGGUCAUAGUCAAUUGUAGGCUCGAUCUUUCUCCAAUUAAACCGGAGUUGUCUCCAAGAUACGAGUGCGUAAUAGAUAUAGCGUUGUCAAGUA